AUGGCAGCCCAACCCCUGUCACUUCGAUCUGAACGGCGGUAUGUGGCUCAACGCGACGAUCUUGACGGUGGCCGACAAGCCAAGUUGCAGUGUUGGUCAGGCUCUGGCACGUCGUACAUCUCGCUCAGUUACCUGUUGCCGUCAGCAGACACACGUUACAAUCGAGAUGCAAUCAUGCUCGAUUACCGUGACAGCGGAAUGCUGAUCGCGUUUUCCCACACGCGCAGCAUCCUCGGCUCGCCAAAACGUGCCCAUGCUGCAACUGCGGUCAAGUUCUGCUUGCUUACGCUAAGCUCCACGCGAUCCUUCACCACCUCGCGGCACCGGCGUUCUUUCCCUGCAGCUCACUACCGUAUCAACCUUAAAAGAUGCCGUGCCGGCUUCCACUCUUCGCAACCUCUGAACCGACACAUCGUGCUUUUCAUUUUAACUUUGCUCGACUCGAGCGGCUCUUGCGUUUGCCGCAAGCGAAGUUUCGGUAUGCCACGCUUCCUCGAGAAUGAUGCUCUAGGCCAUGCUGCCGCACCCUCUUCGGACUUGCUCCGCCAUCGAGUCAGCGAGCACAGAAAGACGCCGCGAUGUAACGAUGACGGCCCCGGCUGGUGGCAGAUCUUGUCAGAAGGUGGAGCGGGCAAGCAUCUUGUGCGCAUCUCGUGCUUCUUCGCAGUCUUCGAGCUGGCGCCUUGCAACGUUGCGAGCGUAAGACCUGAUAAGAUCAUUCAUCCGACUUGA